UCAUCUCCUCUGCGCAGACAGCCUAAGACCAUUCAUUUUCACCAUUGAAUCUCAUUUUCACUUGGAGCAUUUACAGAACAAAAAAAACUAGUAUGUUUUCAACAGUAAUAUCAACCACUCAACCGGGUUUUAUCCUCCCAGGAAGACUCUCGGCGGUUCGGUGUUGUUCCGUUUCAGUGUCCUCAAAGCAGUUGAGAUCCACCCAGUUCGAUUUGAAGACUUACUGGACAAAACUUAUAGCUGAGAUUGACCAAAACUUGGAUCGAGCAAUCCCGAUUAAGUACCCAGAAGGGAUCUACGAAGCCAUGCGCUACUCCGUCCUGGCCAAAGGUGCCAAGAGGGCGCCACCCGUCAUGUGUGUGGCGGCUUGUGAGCUCUUUGGUGGUAAUCGCCUUGCUGCCUUUCCCACGGCUUGUGCUCUUGAAAUGGUUCAUGCUGCUUCAUUGAUUCAUGAUGAUCUUCCCUGUAUGGAUGAUGCCCAGUCACGCCGGGGCCAACCCUCAAACCAUAAAAUUUAUGGUAUUGACAUGGCCAUCCUUGCUGGGGAUGCACUCUUCCCGCUUGGAUUUGAACACAUUGUGUCCCACACACCUUCUGAUCUUGUACCUGAAACCUGCAUCCUUCGUGUGAUUGCUGAGAUCGCCCGUGCUGUGGGAUCGACUGGCAUGGCUGCUGGACAGUUCCUUGACCUUGUAGGUGGGCCUAAUUCUGUUGAAUUUGUGCAAGAGAAAAAGUUUGGUGAAAUGGGUGAAUGCUCUGCAGUUUGUGGAGGAUUAUUGGCUGGUGCAGAAGACGAUGAACUACAGAGAUUAAGGAGGUAUGGAAGAGCUGUUGGAGUUUUGUAUCAAGUGGUCGAUGACUUGUUGGAAGCGAAAACACUGAGUGAGAAAGAUGGAGAGAACGCAAAAAAGAAAGGGAAGAGUUAUGUGGCCGUGUAUGGAGUUGACAAGGCUAUGGAGGUGGCUGAGGAACUUAGAACCAAAGCUAAGAAGGAACUAGAUGGGUUUGAGAAGUUCGGUGAGAAAGUGGUGCCACUUUAUAGCUUUGUGGAUUAUGCUGCCGACAGAGGAUUUUCCAUUAGUGAUUCAAGUUGAUAAUUUGGCAUGUCCAUUACACUGCUGGGAACAGGCUGACUACUGGUGCUUUUCAGUUGAUAAAGGAUUUUUGGCAGCGUGGAUUGCAGCGGAUACUCUCAGAGUUUGAUACAUAAUGCAUGUUUGAUUAUCAUGUUUUUCCAGUGAAAAUGGAGAACAUAAGCUUUGUAAUUGUACUUGGUUGUGUGUUUGUAGCUGUUCUUCUUCAUGUUGAGUCUGCUGGCCAAAGUUAGAGGACACUAAACGCCUUGUACGGGGGGGACAGUGUCAAAAAAUGAGUGACAACAUGUAAGAUUAUUAUGUUUGUUGUUUAGUCUUCCGAUAUAUUGUGGGAAGGCGAAACUCUCUUCCUCUGCUCUCACUUGAAUGCUAUUGUUUUAAGGAAACACAAA